ACUUGAUCACAAAUGUACUUCACAUGUCUGUCGAAUAUGAGAGGGCCGACCAGUGCGCGGUGAGUAAUACGCUUUAAUGACAUAUAACGAGGCUGUUGUAAUUCACUCUGUCGUCACAGUCGACGUGUCAUAAGCAGGUUCUGAUAUUUAUUGCCGGUCAAUAGGUUCAUUCUUUGGGAGAAUAUUGCAUUGCGUCUAUAACAGAGAUUGGCGGACAACUGGUUUCUUGCUAUAUAAACGCCGAGAUAUUUGCGCGUCGCUCUCAUCAAGCUCCACCCCAGCGCGUGCAUUCUUCGUUACGUUCCACGUAUCAUCGUGGAACGAACGCCAAAGAGUAUCGAUGUGAGGAGUUUGUUUCCUAUGGCCUCGUCCAUGACGUAGAGGUGAGGUGAAACGGGAUUUAACGUCGCGUUCAAUAACGUUGCACCGAUAUAGCGACGUGACCAAUGUCAUAGAGAUGCAUCAUUGAUCGGACGGUUGUAUAACGCCGUGUAACGUGCCGUGGUUGGCGUUCUGACCUUGGGCGUCAAACCGGAGACGAGCUAUCAAUACCAACACUCGUGAUAUCCCGGUUGUCAUGGAAACAUUUCAUCAACCGUCGUUAUGAAACCGAACGGAUCAUUCACUUAAUGACUUGCUGAGGCAAACGGAGUUUACAUCACCAGAUAGAUGGUUUUGCAACUGUGUUUAGGGACGUGUUUUUGAUGAUCUGGUUUGUGGAAACAAUUUUGAAUAUUGUUCGAUAGAUGUAUUCCCUGGCGGAGUAUGUUCAAGGACCGAUCUUUUUGAUAAAUUUACAGAACGAUACAAGAGCGACAUUCACAUUGAUAUUACCUUGCUGUUUCCAUGUAACUCAAACGACGUCAUAAACACAUGACGUCAUUCGCAGUUAUUGUGACGUUUCUCACAGACAACCAGGUGCUGUGACGUCAGCGAGGGACACACGCAUGACGUCACGAUUAGGCAGCAUGGCCGAGGACGAAGGUAGUGAUAACAUCUACGGUUUCGGCUGUCGUUCCUCCACGACUUCUGCGACCAACACCCUCCUCUCUGUGUCAGCCAAGAACAGUCAAGCAUUGAUAGGCGAUGGGCCGAGGCUUCAGAGGUUCCUGGAAGCCUAUGACAGGGUACGAUGUGAUCCGAGUGAAAAGGGUCAGAAGAAGGUGAAGGCCAGUCUAAGCGGUCAAAGGUUGGGAGGGUCACAAGGUGAUGGAAACACUGCAUACGUGUUCAGUCAUUUUGAUGAUAUAGACAAAUACAUGCAGAGGUAUAGAUACUAUCACACGGUCUGUGACGCAGGCCACACGGGGAUGGACCCGCAUCUCCUGGGCAUCGAAGUGGCAAGUAUGGCGUCCGAUGACACAAGCAACAAGAGCCUCAUGCUGAAUGAUCUGACCGAGCAAGGACCCAGUAUCAGCGAGUUUCGGACGCUCCUCUUCGGCAGCAGACGAAGCAAGACCGACCCCGCGUCAGCCAGGAGGAACAAGUCCGCCCCGUGCUCCCAGAACCCGAGACAAUCUAAACGCCUGUACCUGACGUGGGAGGAGUAUAUGUCAAUGCACGACCCAGACGUCACGCCCAGACAAUCUCCGCAGCAUCUGGAGUCAUGCCGCAGUUUUGUGGUCGAGAAGGACGAGCAGACGACACCCAAGACCGUGAGGAAGGUUUCCUCGGCGUUUCCGCUGCGGUCUUCCGGUGCCAGUUUGACCGCAGGGACAACAAGAACCAGGGUCAAAUUGAAAGACAGUUCUAACGCUAAGGGCAAGGAGAACCUGGAUGUUGAGAAGUCCCCGAUUAUCGUGACUCACACACCUCGGGAUGUGAAUUCCAGACGGGCUUCUUCCUCCGUGUCUGUGCUUCCUCGCGCGUCGUCAACAUCUACCAACACCUCUACCAGAUUCAAAAUGGCGACAGUGAAGGGAAGACCGAGUGCAUGCAACAAGGCAGUUAUGCAAGAAAUAGUGAACAACAAAACUAACCACCAUUCUUUCGCGGAGGCAUCACGUCGUUCACCACCGCAGUGUCUGAGGAGCCAUUCCGACAUUGUGUCGUCACCAAACACGCAUCCCGAGAUGUGCAAAACAGACAAAUGUUCGGGAAAGGUUCCGCCCCCGCAUGAACAGUUCAAGAAGUUGUCCAACAGCAGGUGUCGGCACUCGAGGGUUGGAGUCAUGUACAAGUUCACCAAAGUCAGAAGACAUCAAAUACACUUAUGAGAAAAUAUAAUCAGUAAAGUAAAUGAGUUUGGUGUAUUCCUUAAACCUUUAAACCGUGACGAGUGAGUGAGUGAGCCUUAGCAAUGCAAUGAACCUUCGUGACGAGUGAGUGAGUGAGUGAGCCUUUGCAAUGCAAUGACUCUUUGUGACGAGUGAGUGAGUGAGCCUUAGCAAUGCAAUGACUCUUUGUGACGAGUGAGUGAGUGAGUGAGCCUUUGCAAUGCAAUGACUCUUUGUGACGAGUGAGUGAGUGAGUGAGCCUUUGCAAUGCAAUGACUCUUUGUGACGAGUGAGUGAGUGAGUGAGUGAGUGAGCCUUAGCAAUGCAAUGACUCUUUGUGACGAAUGAGUGAGCCUUUGCAAUGCAAUGACUCUUUGUAACGAGUGAGUGAGUGAGUGAGUGAGCCUUAGCAAUGCAAUGACUCUUUGUGACGAGUGAGUGAGUGAGCCUUAGCAAUGCAAUGACUCUUUGUGACGAGUGAGUGAUUGAGCCUUAGCAAUGCAAUGACUCUUUGUGACGAGUAAGUGAGUGAGUGAGCCUUUGCAAUGCAAUGACUAUUUGUGACGAGUGAGCGAGUGAGCCUUUGCAAUGCAAUGACUAUUUGUGACGAGUGAUCGAGCCUUUGCAAUGCAAUGACUCUUUGUG